AUGGAGUAUGUGAUGGAGAUAUCUGAUAGUAAACCUCGACCCACAGUCGCCUGGUACAGAGGAGAAGAGCUCCUGACCAACUAUUCCUCGCCUGGAAACAUUGGAGUACCUCACACCAUGUCCUUACUGGUCAUCAACAACUUGGGUAGAGCAGAUCUCCGGUCUGAACUGACUUGCAUAGCCUCCAACAACAACAAGACUAUCCCCCUUACGUCCACCGUCCAGAUUGACAUGAACUGUAAGUACUUUUGA